AUGGCACCGCCCGCUCGCUCACUCGCAAAUGUGAUCUAUCUCGAUGGAGCCCCUCGCAUCAAAGGCGGCGGCCAGACGGGGGUGGAGGAAAUUGGCAGGGUAGCGAUGGUCCAGGCGCAGCAGCCGUGGCGGAAGUUGAUCGGGACCAGGGCCUGGCUGAUCGUGUCAGAGUCCGGGCAGUUGCACGUCGAGGAGAUCGAGAAGCACUCCAUCAUGGGCUGGACUGGCCUCCCUGCGCGCAACCUCCUGGUGCUCGACCUGGUGCUGUCAUACCCGUCCUCCAUCCUCGGCCGGGAGCAGGCGGAAGUCGACGGCAAGACCUUGCCUGCUAGUGGCGUUCACAAGACACUGCCAUUUGAAUUCAGAGCACUGGAAUCUUGUCUUGAAUCUGCUUGCCGGUGCCUUGAAUCAGAGACCAUGACCCUGGAGGAUGAGGCAUAUCCAGCUUUGGAUGAACUAACUUCCAAAAUCAGCACACUUAACCUCGAUCGUGUUAGACAAAUAAAGAGUCAUCUAGUUGCCAUCUCUGGCCGAGUACAGAAGGUGAGAGAUGAGCUUGAACAUUUGCUGGAUGACGAUAAUGAUAUGGCUGAGAUGUAUUUGACAGAAAAGCUUCUCACUCACUCACUGGAUAAUGCUUCAAUCAGAGAGGAAGUAGACAAUGCUGCUCCUGAAAUAGAUGAUGAAAGGGCUGAAGAUUAUAAUGAAGAAGAUGAUACUGUAGUUUUGACCAGCUACAAGCCUAACAUUGAGGAGCUUGAGAUGCUUUUAGAAGCAUAUUUUGUCCAAAUUUAUUGCACACUGCAAAAAUUAUCGGAUACCACUGACUAUCAUAAUUAG